CGUGUGACACUAGCGGAGUGAAUUCGGGGCUGCACUGAGAUGGAGAUGGAGAUGGAGAUGGAUGUGGCGUGGGAGCUGAACGGGUCCAGCCCGAGUCCAGGGGGGGAGGAGGAGGAAGAAAAAGAAGAACAGGAACAGGAACAGGAUGAGGAAGAGCUUUGUUGGCGGCGGUCGCCGCCGCCGCCACGGCACCACCCUAAGUACACAGAGAUGAUGGCUUUAGACAUUGCAGAUAGUACACAAGUAUAUACAGCUUUUCUGGUGCUUCUUGAUCUUCUGGAAGCCAGGAACUGGAAGGAUGUCGCCUACAAAGGAUCAGAAGAGCUUCAGUUGGUUUAUCUACAGGGUUGUCCAGGCGGGCAGGAGGAAAAAGAAGUGGUGGUGCCAAUGCCAGUUCAUAUGACAUUGAGUCAUGAAAGGGUUAGAAAAAUUAUGGAAAACAUCUGCAACCCAAGUAAAAAGGAGUUCACGCUGGCCAUUGUUGACUCAGACUCGACAGUUGUUUAUUAUCAACUUACCAAUGGCUUUGUUAUACCAGACCCACCGGACAACAUUGAAGAGAUUGACAGCAAACAGUGCAGAAAGAGACAGAAGAAGUUUCGGAGAUGACCACUGUUCAUUUUGUUAAUGCUAAUACUGUUGUGAAUUUUUUUUCUCUGUGGAGAAUUAUAAGUUAAAUAUCUGCAAAUCAAUAAUUGUAUCAGUUGACUGCUAUGUCCUGUAUUUACAGGUGUCUCAUGGCCUUGCUUGUUGCUUUCACUCUGAUGGUAUUAUUCUAUAAUGGCUGUUACAGUCUUAACCUUUGUUUAAAAAUCAGUUGCAGGAGUGUCCAAGAUAACUUUGAAAUUCUGAUGAAGGGCCUAGGCCCGAAACGUUAGCUUUCCUGCUCCUAAGAUGCUGCUCGGCCUGCUGUGUUCAUCCAACUCUACAACUUGUCACCUCAGAUUCUCCAGCAUCUGUAGUUCCUAUUAUCUCAGUUGCAGGAGUGUGACAGGUCUGAAAUGCUGUAUCGCAGUGUUGUCAUAUUUAAAAUAUAUGUAUAAAUUAAACUUGAAAUUUAAAAAUUGCA